AACAGUCAGUAUGUCUGGAAGAGGAAAGACCGGUGCCGGCAAAGCCAGAGCGAAGGCAAAGACUCGCUCCUCCCGUGCCGGACUCCAGUUCCCGGUAGGUCGUGUCCACAGGCUCCUGAGGAAAGGCAACUAUGCCCAGCGUGUCGGUGCCGGAGCCCCCGUGUACCUGGCGGCCGUGCUCGAGUACCUGACCGCUGAGAUCCUGGAGCUGGCCGGAAACGCCGCCCGCGACAACAAGAAGACCAGGAUCAUCCCCCGUCACCUGCAGCUGGCCGUCCGCAACGACGAGGAGCUCAACAAGCUGCUCGGCGGCGUCACCAUCGCUCAGGGCGGCGUGCUGCCCAACAUCCAGGCGGUCCUGCUGCCCAAGAAGACCGAGAAGCCCGCCAAGGCAAAGUAAAUGCCCCAUCAACCAAACACAACCAACGGCUCUUUUAAGAGCCACCCACUAACUCUCAGAGCAAACUCCUGCAACACCACUUGCUAUAGACACUAA